AGAGCCAGCUCUCAUCCCAUAUGUAUUUGUCAGGCUAAAUCAAGUCUCACGCAUCUUCACACGCGCCGCCCCAGCGCGUUUCACUAACUCCUUCUUUUUCACCCAAUCAACGAGCGCACCCCUCCCGUUGAAACCGGAACCAGUUAUUCCCCCUUGUGUGGGCAAAAGAGAAUCUGACGAACUGCAUAAAACUGUUGAACCCCCUGCUUUAACACCUGUACCUUGAGAGGUAAAAAAUAAAGUCAACGGUAGUCAAUCUUUGUUCUUAGCCAUUCACACAGAUGACAGAUGAGAGAGACAUAGAUACUAUCCGCAGAAAAAUACGUAUAUGAAUCUAUAAAUACAGAUAUAUCUACAUGUCCGCCUAUACAUACAUACAUAUAUAAAUUCUUGUAGAGAGAGAAAACAAGUGAUGGAGGAUUAGCCAGACAGGAAGUUCUAGAGAGAGAAAGUGUUCGAAUUGAUCCUGCUAUUGUAUUCCUCGAAGAAGAGAGAGAGAAGGAAAAAAACCUAGAAUUUUCUCUCUAAUUAAUUUUCUCGGAAAAUUUGGAUGUAUUUGAAUCAGAGGAUCUAGGAAUUGUGAUUUUUCGAUAUUUACGGUUUGAAAUAGAAAUGAUCCGAAAUGCAUAUGAUUGAGAAUUGGAGCUCCGAGAAUAAGCUAGGGUUUCAAUAUGGAUGUGGAUUCAACGAUGUCGUCAUCGGAAACCGAUCACGAUCAGCUAAACGGCGCGUCGGCUGAGGCAGCUAAGGAUGAGCAGGCGUCGGCGGCGCCGGCGCCGGCGAGUAGUAGUCCGGUGGUGGUGGGGCCGAGGUGUGCACCGAUGUAUACUGUGGUGAACGCGGUUAUGGAGAAGAAGGAGGAUGGGCCAGGGCCAAGGUGUGGACAUACAUUAACGGCUGUACCAGCUGUUGGAGAGGAAGGUAGUUCGAAUUAUAUUGGACCUAGGCUUAUUCUAUUUGGUGGUGCAACUGCACUUGAAGGGAAUUCUGCUGCUUCUGGAACUCCUUCUUCUGCUGGAAGUGCUGGAAUUCGUUUAGCAGGGGCUACCGCUGAUGUGCACUGCUAUGAUGUUCUGACAAAUAAAUGGUCUAGGAUGACUCCAAUAGGAGAGCCACCCACACCAAGGGCUGCUCAUGUUGCUACCGCUGUUGGAACUAUGGUUGUUAUUCAGGGUGGAAUUGGUCCAGCUGGAUUGUCAGCUGAGGAUCUUCAUGUUCUGGACCUUACACAACAACGCCCACGAUGGCACAGGGUUGUGGUUCAAGGACCUGGUCCGGGGCCACGUUAUGGCCACGUCAUGGCUUUGGUAGGGCAAAGAUAUCUCAUGGCUAUCGGUGGAAAUGAUGGAAAACGACCUCUAGCGGAUGUUUGGGCUUUGGACACAGCUGCCAAACCAUAUGAAUGGCGCAAAUUGGAACCUGAGGGUGAAGGUCCACCUCCUUGCAUGUAUGCUACUGCAAGUGCGAGAUCGGAUGGUCUUCUUCUGCUUUGUGGAGGGAGGGAUGGCAAUAGUGUGCCACUGGCCAGCGCAUAUGGACUUGCCAAGCAUAGAGAUGGGCGCUGGGAGUGGGCCAUUGCUCCUGGUGUGUCACCUUCCCCUAGAUAUCAACAUGCUGCUGUUUUUGUUAAUGCUCGGCUCCAUGUAUCUGGAGGAGCACUUGGUGGUGGACGCAUGGUGGAGGACUCAUCCAGUAUAGCAGUUCUUGAUACAGCUGCAGGAGUGUGGUGUGACACAACUUCUGUUGUCACUAGUCCUAGAACUGGAAGAUACAGUGCAGAUGCAGCUGGUGGAGAUGCUGCAGUUGAAUUGACUAGACGUUGUAGACAUGCAGCUGUUGCUGUUGGUGACUUGAUAUUUAUUUAUGGCGGUCUGCGUGGCGGGGUGUUGCUAGACGACUUGCUUGUUGCUGAAGACUUGGCCGCUGCUGAAACAACUAGUGCAGCUUCACAUGCUGCAGCUGCUGCAGUUAAUGUACAAGCGGGGAGGAUGACAGGAAGGUAUGGAUUUGGUGAUGAAAGAACAAGGCAAACUGACCCUGAAGCAGUUAAUGAUGGCUCAGUUGUACUGGGAACUCCUGUCGCUCCCCCUGUAAACGGUGAUGUGUAUUCCGAUAUAAGCACUGAAAAUGCCACGCUUCAAGGAUCUCGGAGACUCAUCAAAGGUGUUGAAUAUUUAGUGGAGGCUUCUGCUGCAGAAGCUGAGGCUAUUACUGCUACACUAGCAGCUGCAAAAGCUCGACAACAAGGUAAUGGAGAAGUUGAACUUCCAGAUAGGGACCGUGGAGCGGAGGCAACGCCUAGUGGAAAACAGGCGUCUACUUUGGUCAAGCCUGAUUCUGCCUUAUCAAAUAAUUCUGUCCCAGCUGGAGUCCGUUUACAUCACCGUGCUGUCGUUAUAGCUGCAGAGACUGGUGGUGCUCUUGGUGGCAUGGUGCGGCAGCUUUCUAUUGAUCAGUUUGAAAAUGAAGGCAGGCGAGUUAGUUAUGGAACCCCAGAAAAUGCAACAGCAGCAAGAAAACUAUUGGAUCGUCAAAUGUCCAUCAACAGUGUUCCUAAAAAGGUGAUUUCCCAUCUUUUGAAGCCUCGUGGGUGGAAGCCGCCUGUUCGACGACAGUUUUUCUUGGACUGCAAUGAGAUAGCUGAUCUUUGUGACAGUGCUGAAAGGAUAUUUGCAAGUGAACCUAGUGUUAUACAGCUUAGGGCUCCUAUUAAGAUAUUUGGUGACUUGCAUGGGCAAUUUGGGGAUCUUAUGCGUCUUUUCGACGAGUAUGGUUCGCCUUCUACUGCUGGGGAUAUAUCGUAUAUCGACUACCUCUUCUUAGGAGAUUAUGUUGAUAGGGGCCAGCACAGUUUGGAAACGAUAACUCUUCUUCUUGCUUUAAAGGUUGAGUAUCCCCUCAAUGUACAUCUAAUUCGUGGGAACCAUGAAGCUGCAGAUAUUAAUGCGCUUUUCGGCUUUCGAAUUGAGUGCAUUGAACGCAUGGGUGAGCGAGAUGGAAUUUGGGCAUGGCAUCGAAUUAAUAGAUUGUUCAACUGGCUUCCUCUGGCAGCAUUAAUCGAGAAAAAGAUAAUCUGUAUGCAUGGUGGUAUUGGAAGGUCAAUUAAUCAUAUUGAACAAAUAGAAAAUAUCCAACGUCCUAUCACUAUGGAUGCUGGCUCAGUUGUUCUUAUGGAUUUAUUGUGGUCUGACCCUACAGAAAAUGAUAGUGUUGAAGGAUUAAGACCAAAUGCAAGAGGUCCAGGGUUGGUCACUUUUGGGCCUGAUCGUGUGAUGGAAUUCUGCAACAACAAUGAUCUUCAACUGAUAGUCCGAGCGCACGAAUGUGUGAUGGAUGGAUUUGAACGAUUUGCUCAGGGACAUCUAAUUACGCUUUUCUCAGCCACUAAUUAUUGUGGUACGGCUAAUAAUGCUGGUGCUAUCUUGGUAUUGGGUAGAGAUCUUGUUGUGGUUCCAAAACUUAUUCACCCCUUGCCGCCAGCAAUUUCCUCUCCGGAAACUUCACCUGAGCGGCAUAUAGAAGAUACUUGGAUGCAGGAACUAAAUGCCAACAGGCCACCUACACCAACUAGAGGACGUCCUCAAGUAGCCAACGAUCGAGGUUCUCUCACUUGGACUUAGAUUAUACUGCGAUUCUUUUGCUAUACUUCCAGGCUUAUGCUAACAUGUGGGAUUUCCAGUGAUAUGUACAUAGCCCCACGCCAAGCAGAGAAUUCACAGAGAUGCGUAUCUUCUUGAAAAGUUAGAGGCUCGAUGCACGUUGUGAUUCUUCCAUGUAAAGAAGGCCUUCAGAAAGUCGGAUUUAGAUGUUGGAGAAUGCAGGCGCAUGGUCUGCUCAUCAUGAAGCAGAGCAGGUGGGGUUUUUCGAUAGAGGUGCCCUUUGUGUAAAUUGAGCCACAAGCAGGUAGAAGGAUUUAACCCUUUCGGAAUUUUGGUCAUUCUCAUGGGUGGGUAGUGCUGGGUUUUUAUUGUAUUUUAUUCCUUGUUAGUCAUAUUCUUUUCCCGUUUAGGUGUAUCAUCAUCAUUUUUGUCUACGGUAAAAGAGGACUCGAGUCUGAUUGUUGAGAUAUGUAAUCCUGAAAAUCGCUAUCGUAAUUCAUGUAUCAUAAAGGUCAUAGCUUUGUGUAAUUGUGUUGCUGCCGUGUAAAAUAUACUUCCACGUGAACAAGAAAUGAGAUACGAAAACUAUAGCGGGUUAUUUACUA